GUCAUUUGGUGCAGAUUGCGUCAUGAAGGGACGAAGCUGGCCAACAGCGCGGCCGGGUCCCGGAAAGGUGCCAGUUGCAACGCGCCCCGGCGUGCGCCCGACUGGGCCUAGGCCUGCUUCGCCAGGUCAAGUCAGACCGGGACAGAAGGUGGCCCAGCCUGGCCUGCGACCCCCGGGCAGUGCCGGUGCCGCUCCCGGCGGGCCACGGCCCGUGCAAGCCAGACCCGGCCAGCAAAUUGCCGUGAAGCGCCCAGGAGAAGCGACGGCAGGUCCAGGCGGGGUCAUCAAGAAGCCGCCAGUGCCAGCCACGGCCACAGGCAAAGAUGCUCCCAAGUUGAGUGUGACCAGCCAGUCCAAGACGGAUGACAUUGGUAUCCAGACGCUGGUGGGCGACUACGCAGAGAAAGGUACGAAUCACAACAAGAAGUUUUAUCAGAAGCUCCAGAAGAUCCCUGGACAUGAAGACAUCAAGGCCAAGACUGAUACCACCACCUUGGACUUGGAGACCAUUGCCAGCACCGCGACUGGGAGUUUCGAUGGAGCGCUUUCAAGCGAUGGUGACAUGAAAUCGUCGGAUGGCUUGGCUGAAGCCCCAGCUGCUUCCAGCUCAGUCUUCCGGCGCGGUGGCAUCUUUCCUACGGCCAUUUGCCUGAGCAAAGCUGCAAUCGGAGCAGGGGUUCUGUCGGUGGCGGCCCACAGUGCGGAAGUGGGAGCCCUGUAUCAGUUCAUCUGUCUUGUGUUUGGAGGAGUGCUGACCGUUGUCAGCAUUCGAAUGAUCUCGACGGCCUCCAUUGAGACUCAACGCUGGAGUUUCGAGGAUAUUUGUGAAGAGCUGUUUCAUCCGGCGAUGUCGUUCUUCACUGGCUUUGUCAAUGUCUGCAAUUGUCUUGGCGCUGCUGCGACCUACCUGAUU